AUGCUGAAAGCAGCUAAUCCUACUGCAUUCUCCACUUCUCUGCCACCACCUCAAUCUGCUUCUGAUUGUCCACCUCCUUCUGCUUCUUCUUCUCAAACAGUUGCAGCUUCUUCUUUCGAUUAUGUGCCUAAUUACUUACAAGAAGACGACCUCACUCAACAACGGAGGGACUUCAUCUCCUCACUCCCUACCCAAACAGGCUGGGUCGCCAAUCACCUCCAUCAAUAUCAAGGCUUCUGGCACACCACCCGCCAGCUCCAAGGAGUUUUAACUUCCCAAAACCACUUCCACGCUCAUGAUUCCGAUAUCCUCCUCGUCACCAAUCCCAAAUCCGGCACCACUUGGCUCAAAGCCUUAAUAUUCUCCUUACUAAACCGCUCAACACACGCAUUUAACAAUCCUCAACACCCUUUGUUAACCAACAAUCCUCACGAUCUCGUACCUUUCAUAGAGCUCAAACUUUACAUCGAAAAUCAGGUCCCUGACCUCUCCAUUUUCGCCUCUCCAAGGCUUUUUUCAACUCACUUGCCUUUCGUUUCUUUGCCAAAAUCCGUCGUUGACUCUCGCUGCAAGAUUGUUUACUUGUGCAGGAAUCCGAAGGACAGUUUUGUUUCACUAUGGCACUUCACGAACAAGCUGAGACCGAAAGAUAAAGACGCGAAUUCGCUAGAGGAAGCGUUUGAUAAGUUCUGCAACGGUGUCAGCCUGUACGGACCGUUUUGGGAGCAUGUUUUGGGGUACUGGAAGGAGAGUUUGGAGAGGCCGGAGAAAUUGUUUUUCUUGACAUUCGAGGAGAUGAAGGAGAAGCCAGCAAUGCAGUUGAAUAGACUGGCGGAGUUCUUGGAUUGUCCAUUUUCGGAAGAAGAAAAAUUGAAUGGGACGGUAGAUGGGAUAUUGAACAUGUGUAGCUUCGAUAGUUUGAGGAAGCUGGAGGUGAAUAAGACGGGGAAAAUGUUCUCCGGCGAGGAGUUUAAGGCAUUUUUCCGACUGGGAGAGGUCGGAGAUUGGAAGAAUUAUUUGACGGAUCAGAUGGCGGAAAGGUUGGAUGGGAUUUUUGAAAGCAAAUUUCAUGGUUCUGGGUUGAAGCUUUAG